CUGCUCUGCUGCUAUUAGUGCGGUAUUUGAAUCAACAAUUUUGUAAACAAAAAAUGGCAGCGCUGUUAAAUUUACAGGAAUACGACUCUGAUGACAAAGAUGAUGAGAGUGGGAACGAAAUAUCCGAAAUAACAAGUCAUCUUCAACCAAUUAAAAAUCCAGCUAAUUCUCUGUCAUCUUCCAUCGCAUUAGUAGCGGCCCCAGCAGUUGUUUCAAACGAAGACAACUUGGGACUUCGACACAUUGACCCAAAAACUAAAGAGCUAAAGUACAACCCAAAACAUGAUGAACUGUUUGCACCUCAAGUAGGCCCCUUCAACCCAUUCCGUACACAACAGGCCAAAGCUGUGCGUAAUAAUCUGGCUGGAUUUGCUGAGCCAGCUCAUUUCAGUGAUUUUCAAUUUGACAAUCAGAGAAAGACAUUUACCAGUUAUGGCUUUGCACUGGAUCCAAGUGUAGACAGUGGAAAUGUUAUAGAGACAUUUGUCGGGAGUGAAUCCUCUGUCCUUGAAAACCAUGGCAAGACAGUUUUUGAAACCAAUGCACCGAUAGAGAAAGAUAAGAAAAAAAGGAAGCGAGAGAAAAAUAAAGAUCCUUCUGACAUUGAAGGCUACUUGGGUCCAUGGGCGAAAUAUAAAGAUGAAGAAACAGUGUCUAGACCUAGUGAGGAAGAACAAAAAGAGUUGGAUGAAAUUUUGGCAAAACGUAACAAGUCUGGUAAACAAACGGAAGAGAAAACAAUGGAAGAGAAAUCGACUUUACACGUGAAAGAUGCUUAUGACUACCAAGGGAGAUCAUUCUUACACCCACCCCAAGAUGUUGGUGUCAACUUGAAAUCAGAAGAGCCCCCAGAGAAAUGUUUCCUUCCCAAGAAACUGAUUCACACAUGGACUGGUCAUACCAAAGGAAUCGCUGCCAUCAGAUGGUUCCCCAAAUACGCACAUCUUAUUUUAUCUGCAGGCAUGGAUUGUAAAAUUAAGAUCUGGGAAGUGUAUAAAGAGAGAAGAUGUAUCAGGACCUACACUGGUCACAAGCAAGCUGUCAGGGAUGUUUGUUUCAACAAUGAUGGAAAGGAAUUUUUGAGUUGUGGCUACGACAGAUAUUGCAAAUUAUGGGAUACAGAAACAGGUGAAUGUAAAGCUCGUUUCACUAGUCGUAAAGUUCCCUACUGCAUCAAGUUUCACCCAGAGGAGGACAAGCAGCAUUUGUUUGUGGCUGGAACCUCAGACAAAAAAAUUGUUUGUUGGGACAUUCGUUCAGGGGAGAUAAUCCAGGAAUAUGACCGUCACUUAGGUCCAGUCAACAGCAUCACAUUCAUUGACCACAAUCGACGUUUUGUUUCCACAUCCGAUGAUAAGAGCUUAAGAGUCUGGGAAUGGGAUAUUCCUGUCGACUUCAAGUAUAUUGCUGAUCCUUCCAUGCACUCAAUGCCAGCUGUCACUUUAUCACCUAAUGGCAAAUGGUUGGCAUGUCAAUCUAUGGACAACAAAAUAUGUGUGUUCAAUGCACUCAACAGAAUGAAGUUUAUAAGGAAAAAAACAUUUACUGGUCACAUGGUUGCUGGAUAUGCUUGUGGAAUAGAUUUUUCUCCAGAAAUGAGCUAUAUAACUUGCGGUGAUGCUGAUGGGAAAGUAUACAUCUGGGACUGGCGAAGCACCAAACUCUACUCCAAGUUCAAGGCCCAUGAUGAUGUUUGUAUUAAUGUUUUAUGGCAUCCACACGAGACUUCAAAACUGGCUACUGCUGGAUGGGAUGGCGUCAUCAAGUUCUGGGAUUAGUUUUAUACUCCAAGUUAAGAACUCAAAGCUCUUUACAGUCAGUUAUUGGAAUGUACAGUCAAGUUUGUUUUUAAAAUAAUGAAUGCACAUUUGUUUCUUUGAUCAUAAUAAUCUCCAUCAUUGUACACAAAAUGUUAUCAUCUACUUUGUUCAUGUAUAUAAUAAACAGUUUUCUGAUACAGAA